AUGAAGAGUACACUGACGCAGGGAGACAAGGGAUACAAGCUUGAUGACCUGCGGCAUGUGGUGAUCACAGCUAGUUGUUUUGCGUUGGUCAUCUCGACAUUAGCUGUGGCAUUGCGCCUUUGGUGUCGGUAUCUCACUCGCACCAGGGUUUUUUUGGAUGACUAUCUCAUCAUUGUUGCUCUGGUCUUCGAAUAUGGCAUCACGGUCGCGGGAGUCGUUCUUCUGUACAACGGUCUGGGAACUCACAUCAUCUACGUAUCUCCUGAGCAGCUCGUGGUCUACAUGAAGACCCUGUCGACCGGCACAUUCUUGUAUACGCUGUGUAUCACCUUCGUCAAGCUUUCCAUUCUGGCACUGUACCAACGGAUCUUCUCUCGGGGUCCGAUGAUUAUGGCUGCCAACGUGGUUGGUUGUAUAGUGAUUCUCUGGUGCUUUGGGUGCUGCCUCAUCGGCGCAGUCACCUGUCUACCAUUCCGGAAGCUCUGGGAGCCCACUCUACCAGGAGGAUGCAUCAACCUGGCUCAGUUCUACUAUGGUCUCCAGAUCCCAAAUAUCCUGACUGACGCCAUCAUCCUCGUGUUGCCGAUGAAAGCAGUGUGGGAGUUGCAGAUAUCCCGAUCGCAGAAGGUCAUGCUGUCUGGUAUUUUUCUCAUUGGUACCACGACUCUGGCCUUCGAUAUCGUGCGGUUGGUGGUGAUGAUUCAGCUCUCGAAAUCGGGAGGCGAUAUCACCUAUGACCAAGUCCCCGCAAGUGUUUGGACGUGUAUCGAGCCGAUGAUGGGGAUCACUGCUGCUUGUCUGUCCAACAUGCGGCCCAUCUUCACCAUGCUACCUCGCCCCGAGUGGAGCAAGAAUCUUUCGUGGCGAAAAGAUGCAGAGUCUCUGCCCCCCUCCGCUAAGCCGAAGACCACAACAAUGAAUAAGCAGGAUAUUUAUUCCACCACGGUGUUGCGGGUUGAUAGUUCCCGCUUGACCAACACGAGCACUGCCAGCGAGCGGGAGGAGGUUUGA